UAACAUCUUGAAAUCCGUAACCCUAACAAAGACAAAAAAAAUUUUAGGCUGUCUCUCUAGUGCCAAACCCUAUCACUGCCCCCACUCUCUUUUUCUCUCAACACAAUUUUGGUUUUGCUAUUUUCUCCUAAGGUUUUUCUUUGCAGACGCUCCAUACCCUAACCCUAAUCCCCCUAGGAGCUCAACCAUCUUCAAAGAUCCAAAAAGAUCUGUGCGUUUCAGGUAGAGCAGUAGUAGGGAAUAAUGGGAGACACAAAGGAGAACGAUGCUUAUGAGGAGGAGCUUCUUGACUACGAAGAAGAUGACGAAAAAGCCCCUGAUUCCAUCUCAGCUAAAGCUAGCGGCGAGUCCGCCAAGAAGGGUUAUGUUGGCAUUCACAGUUCCGGAUUCAGAGACUUUCUGCUAAAGCCAGAGCUAUUGCGGGCUAUUGUAGAUUCAGGGUUUGAGCAUCCAUCUGAAGUGCAACAUGAGUGUAUUCCACAAGCAAUCCUAGGCAUGGAUGUUAUUUGUCAAGCUAAAUCUGGAAUGGGCAAAACUGCUGUUUUUGUUCUUUCAACUCUGCAACAGAUUGAACCUGUUGCUGGUCAGGUUGCUGCCAUGGUUCUAUGUCACACAAGGGAAUUAGCUUAUCAGAUCUGUCAUGAAUUUGAGAGGUUCAGCACGUAUUUGCCUGAUAUCAAGGUUGCUGUUUUCUAUGGUGGUGUCAAUAUCAAACUUCACAAGGAGCUUCUGAAGAAUGAAUGCCCACAUAUAGUUGUUGGAACUCCUGGAAGAAUACUUGCAUUGGCUAGAGACAAGGACCUGUCUUUGAGGAACGUGAGGCAUUUUAUACUGGAUGAAUGCGACAAAAUGCUUGAAUCACUUGACAUGAGAAGAGAUGUGCAGACAAUCUUCAAGAUGACUCCUCAUGACAAGCAAGUAAUGAUGUUUUCAGCAACACUCAGCAAAGAGAUCCGCCCUGUUUGCAAGAAAUUUAUGCAAGAUCCAAUGGAAAUUUAUGUUGACGAUGAGGCCAAGUUGACCCUUCAUGGACUUGUACAGCACUACAUCAAAUUGAGCGAAACGGAGAAGAACCGGAAGCUGAAUGACCUGCUGGAUGCUUUGGAUUUCAAUCAAGUUGUUAUAUUUGUCAAGAGCGUGAGCAGAGCAGCACAGCUGAACAAGUUGCUUGUUGAGUGCAAUUUUCCAUCUAUCUGCAUCCACUCUGGCAUGACUCAGGAAGAGAGAUUGACUCGCUACAAGAAUUUCAAGGAGGGUCACAAGAGAAUUCUUGUUGCAACUGAUUUGGUUGGAAGGGGCAUUGACAUUGAAAGGGUUAACAUUGUUAUUAACUAUGACAUGCCAGAUUCCGCAGACACUUAUCUUCACAGAGUUGGUAGAGCUGGUAGGUUUGGAACUAAAGGUCUUGCCAUCACAUUUGUGUCGUCUGCAUCAGAUUCUGAUGUUCUUAACCAGGUUCAGGAGAGGUUCGAAGUGGAUAUAAAAGAGCUUCCUGAGCAGAUUGAUACUUCUACAUACAUGCCAUCAUAGAUGAUCAGGCCUUCCUGGAAAAUAUUCAUGUUUAUGUCCAUGAAGACAACGGAAUUAACAAUGAGGUGGCUAUGCUUGCUUUCGUUCAACAACAGCGUCGUAAUUUGAACCAAUUCAUUUGAAGAACUUGUAGCUGCCUCUAUGCCUUUUAGAUUGCUGUAGCUAAUGGAACCCGUACUUGUUCUAGUUAGUUAGAGGUUCAAGUUAGUUAGAGAACUUCAAAUGUCAUGUAUGUUAUCUUUUUAAGUAUGCAAUUGAUAUGACCCUUCUGCUGCCUAGUUGCUAGAUCAAUUCAUGUCAGUUUCUAGAACCUGUACUGUAUUUAAUAUUACUUGAACCUUAUUUGCUUAGUUGAAGUUUCGAGAA